AGGCGAUUACGCGUACAAGGCCUCGGUGGAGAUUCUUUUGCUUGACCGUUGGUUGCGAUGUCGGUAAGCUCAUGGAUCCGUAGAGUCUUGUUACAUAAGCUAGCGCAAAGUAGUGGAACGACAGGCGGAGACAGGAGACGCAACACAGAGGACAGCCGAUAGAAGGUGGGAGACAGGCAAUACGAGAAUGUGUGCUUGGUUUGUGGCUAAGUUGCAUCGAACCGCUGCGGUGCGUUGUCAUGAAUCGAGUUGACCGCGCCGAGUCCAACAAUUUCGAAUCGAAUCAUUUUCACGGAUUUACCGAUUCGCGACGAAAGGCGUUCCGAAGCUAUCCCUUCGAGACUGUUGCAUUUCAAGACAAGUUGGAUUCCCGGGGAGAAAGAGGAUUCCACGAUACGUAAUCAUUUUGGGAACAAUAUCAUUUUGUUUUCCAAAAAUCAUCGUCGGUCGAGAAAUCCGCGAAACAAGAGAAUAGAGAAAACUAUCAAAGAAAAUGACUGCUACAGAAGAGACGGAGCCGCUGCUUUCUACAAGAGUGUUGGCCACUUCCGGAAGUAAAUCUCGUGCAGCCUCCUACAAUGCGAUCACGCUGGAAGAUGACAAAAGGGAUGAUUCGCGGCGCGGGACAAGCAGCGAAACCCUCUUGAAAUUGGAGCCGAUUACGUGUUUGAACCUUACCGGAGAUCCAAUAUCGGCGCGUCCUCUUACAAACGAGUCGAUUACGUAUACCUGGAGCGAUCUGAACGUGUACACCGCUAGGAACAACGAGACCAUUUGCGAUCGACUUCUCUUACGCAAAAAGAAAUCGAUGGAACGGAAGCAUCUACUGAAAGACGUGUGCGGGGUGGCCUACCCGGGAGAACUGUUGGUGAUCAUGGGAUCAUCGGGGGCCGGUAAAACAACAUUACUGAACGCGUUAACGUUCCGAUCGGCCCGCAGCGUAAUCGUAUCCGGUGUAAUGGCGGCUAAUGGUCGAAGAGUCUCUUCCACGAUGCUAACGUCGAGGACCGCUUACGUGCAGCAGGAUGAUCUGUUCGUUGGCACUUUGACCGUCUGGGAACAUCUUCUCUUCCAGGCAAUGGUACGCAUGGAUCGAAGGAUACCUAUGGUGCAAAGAGUUGAUCGAGUGAACGACGUGAUCAACGAGCUUGCUCUGACGAAAUGCCGGAACACCGUGAUCGGUCAGCCAGGAAGAAUCAAAGGUCUUUCCGGCGGCGAGAUGAAAAGAUUGUCGUUCGCAUCCGAGGUUCUCACCGAUCCUCCGCUAAUGUUCUGCGACGAGCCGACGUCCGGUUUGGACUCGUUUAUGGCGCAUCAAGUGGUCUCCGUUUUAAAGACUUUGGCCGCGCGAGGUAAAACGAUCGUUGCUACAUUGCAUCAACCCUCCUCGGAACUGUUUGCUCUCUUUGACAGAAUCUUGCUGAUGGCGGAAGGAAGGGUAGCCUUCAUGGGCACAGCCCCGCAAGCAUGCGCUUUCUUCGAGACAUUGGGCGCGGCUUGUCCGAGCAACUACAACCCGGCAGAUUACUUCGUCCAAGUACUGGCCGUUGUACCGGGUCGGGAAUCGUCCUGCCGGCAUGCUAUACAUAUCGUCUGCGACACGUUCCAAAAGACCCAGCACGGCGUGAAGAUCGCGUUGGAGGCGGAAGCGAUAAACGACGAAUUCGAAGAUUCCCUUCUGGACUCGAAGUAUCCGGGCGGCAAUCGAUCGCCGUACAAGGCGACUUGGUGCGAACAAUUUCGCGCGGUUCUUUGGCGAUCGUGGCUGUCCAUCAUCAAGGAGCCCAUCCUCAUUAAGAUUCGGUUGCUUCAGACCAUCAUGGUGUCGUUUCUCAUCGGAAUCAUUUAUUUCGGCCAACGGCUCGAUCAAGACGGAGUGAUGAACGUAAACGGUGCUUUAUUUAUUUUCCUUACAAACAUGACCUUCCAAAAUGUUUUCGCCGUGAUCAAUGUGUUUUGCGCAGAGUUGCCGAUAUUCUUGCGGGAACAUCGGAACGGCAUGUAUCGUACCGACGUGUAUUUUCUCUGCAAAACGUUAGCGGAAGCGCCGAUCUUCCUAGCAGUACCGUUUCUCUUCACCGUCAUCGCUUAUCCAAUGAUCGGAUUGUAUCCUGGAGUCGAUCACUUUUUCAUUACCGCUGGCAUCGUUGCUCUAGUCGCGAACGUUUCCACGUCUUUCGGCUACUUGAUAUCCUGCAUGAGCAGCAAUUUAUCGAUGGCAUUGUCUAUCGGGCCACCAGUGAUAAUUCCGUUUCUAUUGUUUGGCGGAUUCUUCUUGAACACGGCAUCCGUGCCAUUUUACUUUGAAUGGUUCUCCUAUUUGUCCUGGUUUCGAUACGGUAACGAAGCUCUCCUGAUCAAUCAGUGGUCAGAUGUGGAGUCUAUAGCGUGCACGAGAAGCAACGCAACGUGCCCUAAAACUGGACGGAUGGUUCUACAAACUUUCAACUUCAACGAGGAUCAUUUCUGGACGGAUAUCGCGUGUCUCUUCUCUUUGAUAAUUGCGUUCCGUUUCCUGGCAUUUCUGGCUCUGCUGUCGAAGACUCGACGCGUCAAGCGAUGGUUUGAAGGGCCAAAGAAUGCAAUUUUCGUACGAAACCGAGGGGAACCGAUAGAGCGACAACCGCGGACAAGAAGGAAUUUGGAUUUGCAGAUCGUGAUGAAGCAUUCAACCGAGAUUCUUUGGCCCCAAAGCAACGACGAUGAUCGAAACAGCAACGGGGAGUCGCGUGGACCGAACGCGAACGGGGUAGGCGUCACCCUAACUUGGCGAGACGUUUCGGUUUACGCGAUGGACCGCGGAAGAAAGAACGUGUGCAAACAGCUUGUUUACAACGCGCGAGGUGCAGCGAAACCAGGCGAUUUGACAGCCAUAAUCGGUUCGAGCGGUGCUGGGAAAAGUUCGUUGAUGUCCGCGCUGGCUUUCCGUAAUGGACCCGAAGCUUUGGUUCAUGGGGACGUUCGUGCUAACGGCGUGCCGGUUGAUUCGUCGUACAUGAUGGCAAACAGCGGUUAUAUGCAUCAGGAAGAUAUGUUCGUCGAGACUAUGACAGUGAUCGAACAUCUUUGGUUCAUGGCUCGAAUGAAAUUGGAUGGUAGAACGCGAAUAUCCGAGAUACGGAAGAAGAUCGAUCGUUUGCUAGAGAACGUUGGCUUAAACGACAUCCGCGAUGUACAAAUCGGCAACGGUGUCGACGACAAAGCAUUGUCCGGCGGUGAAAAGAAGAGACUGGCGUUUGCUACCGAACUGCUCAUCGAUCCGAAGAUACUCUUCCUGGACGAACCAACGACGGGACAGGAUUCGCAUUCGGCGAACUCCUUGAUAUCACAGCUGAAAUACUUCGCCACGAAAGGACGCAACACGGUCUUGUGCACUAUACACCAACCGAGUUCUGCGAUAUUCGAUUCCUUCGACCGCAUAAUCUUGAUCGCGGAUGGUCGCCUGGUAUUUGCCGGUCGCACGGAACAAGCGUUGCAAUUCUUCCAAAGUCAGGGUUACGUGUGUCCACGAAAUUACAACCCGGCUGACUUCCUGAUAGCGACAGUGGCUGCUGGGUCGAAGACCGAAAACGACGGCAAAGAAACUGCGCGGAGAUUGUGCGACUUAUUCUUAUCGAGCCAUCUAUCCAGCGAAAUCGAUUGCACUCUUGAAAAGGAAAUUCGAUCGAAGCAAUCCUCGGAAUCAACGAUAAGGAUGCUUAUUGGUGGCAAAUCCGUCUGGAGAAGAAAACGUUACUGCUCGCGGCUUUACUGGUUGAUUUAUCGAGAUUUCCUACAAGUUUUGAGAGAUCCAUCGUUGCAGCUCAUCAGAAUAUUCCAAAAAGUGAGCGUCGCUAUAAUCGCCGGACUGUGCUUCGUGGGUGCUGUGAAUCCCGAUCAACUGGGAAUUCAAGCUACGCAAGGCGUACUUUUUAUUUUAGUGUCCGAAAAUGCGUUCUUCCCAAUGUACGCUACGCUGGCUCUGUUGCCGCAACAAUUGCCGCUUCUGCGAAGAGAGUACCGAGCCGGAAUGUAUCCGAUUCAUCUUUAUUACGUCGCGCGAGUGCUUUCGUUGGUGCCUGGACUGAUAGUGGAGCCAUUAUUGUUUACGUCGAUAAUAUACUGGUUGGCAGGAUUACGGAACAGCAUGGAAGCGUUCGGGCUCACCCUGCUCGUAGUUCUGCUUACGAUAAACGUGUCAACCGCUUGCGGCUGCUUCUUCUCGACGGCGUUUGAAAGCGUACCGUUGGCAAUGGCGUACUUGGUACCUUUCGAUUACAUUUUGAUGAUCAGUAUGGGCCCAUUUCUAAAGCUCAGCUCGCUGCCGAUAUACAUCCGUUGGAUAAAGUACGUUUCCUGGCUCCUGUACUCGAACGAAGCGCUUACCAUACUUCAAUGGAACGGGGUGCAUAAUAUAUCUUGCGAAACAUUCGAUCCUGAACUACCAUGCAUCACGGAAGGCCGAGGAGUAUUAAGUCGGUAUGACUUCGACGAGUCCAACUUUUCAACGGACAUGGUGCUCAUGAUGCUCAUGUACCUCGUCUUCCACGUUCUUGGUUACCUCUGCCUCUGGAAUCGUUGCAGGCUAAAAUGAUCGGAAGAUCGUUUCUCCGAUAUUUCCCUUCUAACAUAAUAAGUAAUCAGCCAAUAGGUAACGGAUAAUAAACAAUAGUAUUACCAUCCAUUUAUAUAAUAUCGUAUAUGCAAUAAUAAUAAUGAUAAUAACGACAUAUUA